CGGCGCCUGGGCUCCCUCGUGCUCCCCAGCCUCUGCUCCGUGCUGUGGCCAGACAAGCAAACCUACAAGGAGACGGGCUACUGGAGCGUGACGGUGUUUGGCAGAAAGCAUUGCUACCGCCUGUACACUGAGCACCUGAACGAGGCCGUGCACUGGGUGUGCGCGGUGCAGAAGGUCAUCGACAGCAAAGCGCCUGUCCAGACGCCCACCCAGCUGCUCAUGCGUGAUGUCGAGGAGCACUGCGGCAGCCCUGAGGUCCUGGAGCAGAUCUACCGCUGCAACCCCAUUCUGCGCUACACCAGCAGCCCCCUCUACGCUCCCCUGCUGCCCUUCCCCUACGGCAACCUGGACCAAAGUGGUGAGGGACAGGCGGGGGGGCUGCGCCCUGGGACGGUGGGAGCGAUGGUGGGAGCCGUGGCAGGGCAGGGCUCUGUGCAGGGUGGGACGGAGAGCCGGUUCCCAGCCUCGGAGAUGGCCAAGUACGCCUGCUUCAUCCGGGAGGCGCUGGGAAAGACGAAGGGGCGGGAGUGCGUGCCCUCCUUGGAGGAGAUCCUGGUGCUGAUGCGGCGGCAGGAGAUGAUCUGCACCGUGCAAGUUAUGAUCGUAUAUGGUGUCUGA